AUGAGUUACCCAUACUACUCUCCGCCACCACCAUUUACGCCUCCACCGCCUCAUCAUCAUGACCAUGGUUAUCCCAAGCCACCACCUCCACCUCAUCACCACCACCAUGGCCAUCCCAAGCCACCACCACCUCCACCGCAUCACCACCACCACCAUGGCCAUCCCAAGCUGCCGCCGCCGCCGCCACCAUCACCACACCACCAUGCCCAUGCAAAGCCACCUCCACCACCAGACCACCACCAAGGCUACUCAAAGCCACCAUGCCCACCUCCACCAACUCCACCGGUCAUCCAACCUCCGAAUCCGACUGAAGCACCUCCACCUCCAGUUUCACCACCGUGGUCACACCCUAAUGCACCACCACCCCACAAUGUGCCACCGCCGCCAAAACCAAAUAAUGGUCCAGCUCCACCACCAUAUAGUAAGGCACCACCACCUAAACAUGCAUCUCCUCCACCGCGAUCACACCCUAAUGCACCACCGCCCCAUAAUGCACCACCGCCGCCAAAACCAAAUAAUGGCCCAGCUCCACCACCAUAUAAUAAGGCAUCUCCACCACCACAACAUAGCUUGUCACCACCAAAGCCACAUACUACUCCAGCUCCAGCACCCCACAAAACUCCAGCCCCUCCAACUGUAUCUCCACCGAGCCCCACCACCAGUCCAGCUUAUCCCCCAAACUCACCACCAAAAACUGGUCUACCUCCACCUCCAAAAAAUGCAAGGCCACCUCGAUCCACGCCUUCACCAACACCACCCAAAAAUGGUCCAACUCCUCAACCAAAAUCACCUCCAACUACAGCAACACCGCCACGUGGACCUUACGUGCCACCCGGCUAUACCCCGCCAGGUGGUUUUUGGCCUCCCCCUCCUUUUAAAUCUCUGCCACCGUCACCCGAACUUGCGUCGCCACCGUCCGGAGGAGGCCACCGAACUACUAUUAUCGCGGCCUGUGUCUCGGUAGGCGGCGUUUGCUUCCUUGCGUUCCUCUUCGUUGGUCUCUUCUGCUUAGCAAAGAAGAAGAAGAGGCCAGUGAUGGUUCCUGCAGCCGCCCCUUGUGUUGAAGAACACGAAGAAGUCCAUGAAUCGAUCGCAACCGGUCCCUAUGGAGAGCAAGCUGUAACAAUGUCGGUAGAGGAUGAUAUUCGAAUUCACGAAGCUGUGGGCACCAGCGCCAUGGGUUUGCAUGGGAUUGCCGGCGGAGGAGGCUCUCCGCUUGAACCAGCUGUGCCUGGCUCUCCCACCACUUAUCCUCCAGGCCAUCACCAACGCUACUAA